AAGAAUCGAACAAAAGAUUUGUCUCCGCCGAAUCGCCGCAAAAAUUCAUCGGGAAAAAAAUCGAAUCUUUUGGUUUGAAAAAUCAUAUAAUUCUCAGCAAUGAAUGGAACGAAACGACUUGGAGGCUUCGAUUCUAAUCCUGAAACCAAUGACUCUCUUUUCCAGAGUAAAAGAAUAAUGGCAGGAUCCCCUUUUGAUGAUCACAGGGCAGAACCAUCUUUGCAGCAAUCGAUGGAGACGCCUCCACAGUUGGAUAUGCACCGGGCUGAAUUAUCUAGACAGCAUGUGAGAGCUCUCAAUACCCAAUUUGCAAGUUGGGUCCAAACACAAUUAGAGAAUCACCCUGAUGAACUUUGGGAAGAUGGAGUCCAAGAUUACCUAGCUCAUGCAUCAAACAUAAUGGAUCAAUUUAGAGAUGUUGUUAACUGGCUAAAAGCAAAUGCUGUGAAAGGAGAAAGUUUCUCUGCAUUGGGAUGUCAUGAUGCUCAAAAGAAGCUUGUGCCUGAAAGUAAGGAUAACCAGAUAAAACCAUUUCGGGAGAAAACUGGCUUUGCUCAAGCUGGUACAACUGCAAGCUUUGCACCUUCAUGGAGCUCUGGAGUGCUCUUUAGCAAUCAAACACCUUUUUCGUUUGGAAGCCAAGGUUCAGCUCUCUUAAAGAAUGAUGCUUCAAAUGAUGAAGAUGAUGGAGACUUGAAGCAACCUAGCAGCCCAUCAGUGAAAAAGGCUGAAGAGAAGGGUAUUAUUGUUGUACAUGAAGUCAAAUGCAAGCUUUAUGUAAAGUCAAGUGAUCCUGCAGAUAAAGAUGCAUGGAAAGAUAAAGGCACUGGUCAGCUUGCUAUCAAAUGUAAAGAGGGUGUUAAUAAGGGCACAAGAGAAUCCAAGCCAACAAUUCUCGUUCGAAAUGACGUGGGGAAAGUGUUGCUAAAUGCAUUGUUAUAUCCAGGCAUCAAGACGAACAUGCAGAAAAAUUCCAUUGUUGCGAUAUUUCAUACGGCGGGUGACGUGGGAAACAACGACAGUGACAGUAACGGUGUCGUGGCACGUACCUUCUUAAUAAGAACAAAAACUGAGGAGGAUCGGAAUAAGCUUGCAGCAGCAAUUCAGGAAUAUGCCCCUCCUGCUUGAAAAUACACAUGGAAAUGAUUUUCCAUCACAUUGUACAACCCUUGAGCUUCAACAAAAUUGCAAAUGCAAAAGUUGUGUAGGGUGGUCUUGUUGAAGCUGAAGAAUCCUCCUGUUCUUCCAGAGGGAUGUCGAGCUCCAAAAAUCUACCAAGCGGAGCCAAUAUUCAGGAGUAGACAAUAUUUUCAUAUGUACAAGAGGCUAAUGCACCUGUAUCAUGUAGAGAAGAAAGGAUGUUCUCCUCCAAAGUGAGUAUUUUACAUUCUUUUUUUUUUCUUCUAAUUAUCAUGCAAGGAUUAGCAAAGAACUUGGCUUGAGUAGCUCCUAUUAAAAUGCCUUUACAUGUUGGUCAUCUCUUCUGAACA